UCAAUGAUCAUGUACGCAUCGAUUCUGUUAUGGAUUUUGAUCGGCCAGGUCGCAUCCAAAUUGGCCUCGGUUAACCUACUAGCCCACUACGGAACGUCGCUCUACCGUACCAUUGAUCCAGGUGUAGAUAAGUUGAUCAGAAACCUGGAUCGCUCGACUGGUGUGCAACCAUGGGAACUCGGAAAUCUAGUUGAAAGCGAUAUGCGUCUUCCGUUGCCGAAGCUACGGAAUGGUUUGGCCGGUAACUCGACGGCAUUCUUCCGUUGGCCUAACGCCACAGUGAUCUAUAAACUUAGCAAAAAUUUCAAUGCGACGGAACGAUCCUUCAUUCUUGGAGCAAUGCGCGAAUUCGAAAAGUACACCUGUGUACGGUUCCGGAAGCGCGUCAAUGAGAAGGCAUACGCUUCGAUCGAUAACCGUGAUUACGGUUGCUGGGCGGAUGUUGGCCGUGGGACCGGCAAGACGUUGGUUAAUCUUCAGCAGGGCUGUGCGAAUGCGUUGACGACUCCGGUUCAUGAGUUGAUGCAUGCCUUAGGGUUCUACCAUGAGCACAACCGGCUCGAUCGGGACGAUUACAUUGACGUCAUCUACGAUCACAUGAUCCCGGAUCCGUCGAUCUACUACAAUUUUCAGCUACCGGAAGAGCACGAUGUGACCAAUUUCAGCAUUCCAUAUGACAUCGGCAGCAUUAUGCACUACUCUCAGUACGCGUUUUCGGUCAGACCGAGCAAACUGGAAACCAUGCGCCCCAAAGUUCCCUGGUUCAGUGCCUUCGGUCAGGGUGAAACUCUGACAAAGUAUGAUGCUUUGCUGAUAAAUAUCAUGUACUGCGGAGCAAAGGAACCACAGGAUCCGUUACCCGUUCCAGAUCGGUGGACUCCAGCGGAGCCUUUGCUUGGUAAGGGUACAACGACGGCCAGGCCCAAACAACCACCCACCGGACGGAAGUUGAUCACAAGAAAGCCAACAUAUUUGAAAAUGAACAAGGGUUCGAUGAGUCUAAUGGAGCAGAAAUUGAAGGAAAAGUUGAACGGAUAGAAACUGGGAACCAUACUACCCAACAGAGGAGUGGAUGUAUAUUUUAAAGACAGAAUCUCUUUUAUACAGCCUUCAGUGAAAUUGGUUUGGAUUAAAAUAUAUUCAAUACAAUUAUUUUAUAUCG